CCGGAGCUGGGGGGAGCGAGCGCCUGUCUCUUUAAACGCCACGGGCUGCGCUCCCGCCCGGGAGCCCGGAGCCGGAUCUACAAUCCCGUCGGUCGGCGGCCGGAGCGCGAGCUGCCGCGGCUGCGAGAGGAGGCUGCCUUCCUCCUCUCCUCCUCCUCCUCCUCGCGCCACACCUCUCCUGGGAGCUGGGGGCCGCAGCCCCGGCAGGAGGGAGGCGGUGCGGGGCGAGCAGACAUUUGCCCCUGCAUCUUCGAGUCUCCGCGGGGUGAGACAUGCGGCGCUGCCCCCUGCCCAGCCUCGCUGCGGCCCGCGCCGGGAGGAGGAGGAGGGCUGCAGAGCCCACACCUGCGAACUCGCCCUAGAAGUCUGUGGGUGCGGCGGGGGCCCCUCCCCCCGCCCACGCCCGCCACCUCUCUGCGGGUGAGUGCGCUCAGGUAACCCGAACCUGCGCGGGGGAGGGGCCGGCGAGCCGCGACGAGGACGCGCCGCAGGUGGCCUCAUCCCCCUGUCCUGGGACCUGCGCCAAUGACCCUGCUGGCGCUUUCGCUUUCUCCCCUCGCGGCGGUGUGAACGCACGUCCGCAGCGCGAUGGGCAACCAGGUGGAGAAGCUGACCCACCUGAGUUACAAGGAAGUUCCCACGGCCGACCCCACCGGCGUGGACCGAGACGACGGGCCCCGCAUCGGGGUCUCCUACAUCUUCUCCAACGACGACGAGGACGUGGAGCCGCAGCCCCCGCCGCAGGGACCCGAUGACGCCGGGGACCGGCAGCCGCUGCCCCCGCCGCAGCCCUACGACCCGCGGCUGCACGAGGUGGAGUGCUCCGUGUUCUACCGCGACGAGUGCAUCUAUGAGAAGAGCUUCGCGCCGGGUUCGACGGCGCUGAGCACCUACACGCCCGAGAAUCUGCUCAACAAGUGCAGCCCGGGCGACCUGGUGGAGUUCGUGUCGCAGGCGCAGUACCCGCACUGGGCGGUGUACGUGGGCAACUUCCAGGUGGUGCACCUGCACCGCCUGGAGGUGAGCAACAGCUUCCUGACGGACGCCAGCCAGGGCCGUCGCGGCCGCGUGGUCAACGAUCUGUACCGCUACAAGCCGCUGAGCCCCAGCGCUGUGGUGCGCAACGCGCUGGCGCACGUGGGCGCCAAGGAGCGCGAGCUGAGCUGGCGCAACUCGGAGAGCUUUGCCGCCUGGUGCCGCUAUGGCAAGCGGGAGUUCAAGAUCGGCGGCGAGCUGCGCAUCGGCAAGCAGCCCUACCGCUUGCGGAUCCAGCUCUCGGCGCAGCGCAGCCACACGCUGGAGUUCCAGAGCCUGGAGGACCUGAUCAUGGAGAAGCGGCGCAACGACCAGAUCGGGCGCGCCGCUGUGCUGCAAGAACUCGCCAUGCACCUGCACCCGACCGAGCCCGAGGAGGGCGACGGCGAUGCCGCGCGGACUACGCCGCCUCCCGGACGCCCCCCUGCGCGGGGCCCCGAGGAGGAGGAGGAGGACGGAGAGCCGGUGGCGCACUGACCCGCGGAGCUGAGCCAGAGCUGCGGAAGGGAGCUGUUUGCAGCCGCCGCUGUCCCCUUCCUCCUCUCCCUCCCUCCCCCAGUCACCUCUGGGUCCCAUCUGGGAUUCUGGCCCUUUAAUAAACGGAAAGUUGGUGGAGUGCGCAGCCGGCUGUGGACGGGGGAGGAGAGGAAGGGGACAGAGGGAGCAGGUAGGAGAAUUUUGGCUGGGGCUGGGGGGGCGGGCGCUUCCUUCCUCCUAAUCUGAUUGUCUUCCUUUGCAUCGUGGGGGCAAACUGGAUUUGCCUGGCACUUAAUCCCUGCUGGAUCUGUUUCCAACACAACGCCCUUUUUAUGCACGGGGCUGGGUGCGGGGUACCGACGCCUGCGUGCCUGCCUGUUCCUCCUGGCCGCCUGCCCCAGGCGCUCCCGCAGGCCCACUCUCUGAGUGCUGCUGCUCUGCCGCCUCCCGCUGAGCUGUGUGGUAUCUGAGAGGCCAGCGCGAUUUAUUUGAUUUAUUUUACUUUAUGAGAUUCCUGGGGAGCAGGGCUGGCGAAACCACCCGCAGGGUCAGGGAGCAGCAAACGAAAUCCAAGCAGCCCUCAUGAACGGGGACAGAGUUGAACAAGCCGGGCUUGCAGAGACUUUGCUGCGUUCUCCAGCCCCGUGCCCCCAAGUAAUUCCUCUUCCGGAGCUGACUCCUGGCUGAGUCGCCUGCUCCACCCGCCCCCUUCCCAGGUUACAAGUAAAUCAUUGUCAAGGGCCAGCCAGGGGAAGGAUUCAAUUAAGGUUCUGCUGUGCUGCCUUUGUUUUGCGCCUGCUGUUGUGGGCACUUAUAGCUGUGUUAUUUGUUAUCAAAAGGAGGGAAUCGCCCUUUGUGUGUCUGAGCUAAUUAAACCUGCUCGGCUGUGUUCGUCUGCCUGCAGGUCACAGAUGGGGAUGGCUUGUGCCACCUCAUAAAACAUCCACUAGGGAAUUGGCCAGACAGGGCUGCCCUGGCAGGAAGUAGUUAAUCUCCCCUAGCCUCUCUGGAUAUUGAAGGCCAGCCUUUUAAAAACAAGGCUUUGAUGCUGAUCCUGUGACUUUUUUUUUUGGCCCCUUCUCCCAUACACUCACUUUUGUUCUGCUGGUGGUAAGAUCUUUAAAACUGAGGCAUGCUGCAGUGGUAAGAUAGGCAGGUUGCUAGCCACACUGUGUGCAGCUUAAUUCAAGAUGGAAAGUCUCAUAGGCUCUGCAGUCUUGCUGCUUGGAGAACACCUCCUUUGGAGCCCAUUCUUAAUGAAAAGUGUGGCAUCCCUCACAGAUGCCGCCUUGUGUAGACAGCAGUCCUGGAACAGGCUGGUGACCCGGGAUCCAUUGGUGGCAGGCUUGGGUGUGCUGCAGAGCCACUGUAUGCUUUAGUAUGAGGCUUUUGAAAUGUUUUUAAAAUCGUGCCCUUUGGGGCCCUUUGACAGUCUGUGCCCUCCACUGCAGAAUGCCUGUGUGCUGUACAUGGCUAGUGCUGUCUCAGAACUUAAGGUGGAACAUUUUGGGUUUUUUUUUCCUCUUGGGAGUCAUUCUGUUACCCAGUUCUUAACCACUGGAAUAGAAUCCUGAGUGGUUCACAACUGAGGCCACUGUGGGGCUGUAGCCUGGGAUCGUUAAACCAAGGCAGCUCGACUUGGAGGAUUUCCUAGUGUGGUUUUCUGAGACAGGGAAAUGAAGGCCAUGAUUUUUAAAAGCCUAGAUCAAUGGUAGCGCCCCACCAUGAAAACUUCUUACUGAAAAGGUAUUCGUUGAGCUCCCCAUUUUCACAGUGACACCCCACCCCCCUCCCAUCAGCUGUUGUCACUUUGUCCUUAAAGGUGAGCCGCAUUCUAGCCCUGUGUGGGACACUGGAGGAAAGCCAGGGUGUUUGUGGAAAUGUAGAUCUGGUUUCCAUGUUUAAUACUCUAACAGCUUUACAUUUACUGUCUCUCGGUCAUGGAAGAGCAGAACAAGUUCCUUGUGGGUGAAGACAUUCGAUUGAGCGGGUUUUCUUUUGUGCUUAACACAGUUGCGAGAGAUGACCACUGUGCACAGUGGCACAGGCCGGCAGCUCCGGGCUUGCCAGCUUUUUGCUACUCCCCUCCCUGUCUCCUCCUGUCCAAAUGGAAAGUCUGGUCACACCGGAGUGCAGCAGUGGCUGUGUUGUUAGUAACCAGCUGCUGUUUCUGAAGUUUCAACUUGAAAGAAGUGCUCCUGGAAAAUCCACACCAAUGAUAGCAUCUACCUCUGGAGGAGAGGUUUUUGAUAACGAGGCUUGAAAAAUGUACAGGAGAUGGAUCUAUGGAUCUACUCUAGAUCCUGCUUUUCAGUGUAACCCUAACGUUUCUGCAGACUACCAGAGAUAAUGAACUGUCUGAUACUUAGGAACAGUGAUUCCAUUGGAAUGUUGGAAGUCUCCUUAGGGGUUCAAGGCCUAAGGGAAGGCCACAGCCAACCAGUAGAGGCUUCUAGGAAGGUAAUCCAGUCCACUCUUGCUUCUUUUCCUUAGGAUGGCAGUGUUAUGGGUAAGUGGUUUUUUUUUUUUUUUUCCUGCCCUGAAAACAGCUACAUCUGGCACUUUAGGAAGAAAUAAAUAUAUUUAAUAAUUUUUGUUUCUCCUUAGGAAUAAGGCUUUAGAACUAUUUUGUACUGUGAAUUACGGAUGCUCUUUGAAGGAAGGAAAUAUCGAUUCUCAUGUUCUGCAGAUGCCUGGCUGGGAGAAGCAGGGCAUCGCCCGGCACGUAUGCUAAGUGAAACCAGACAAAUUCUAUUUUCUUACCUGAGCAAAUAUUUUAUUGAGACCGCUGAUGUAGGUCAGAGGAGCCCACGACUUCAGCUACACGACUUUUGUAUUGAAAGGACCCAUACUUUUUGUAGCUUUUAUUCCACAUUUAAUUUAAAAAUGACUUUGUAGCACUAAAAUACCUAGCAGAAGACUUUAGACCUUGAAGGAUAUUUUUAGUUUUUAUGAAAAAUGACACUUCUGUGGUUAAACUUCUCCUGUCUUUGGUGUUUCUGGCCCUGGACACCACCCAACCACAUGGAAACAUAUUUUUGGAAGCAAAACUUUAAUUUUAUAUAACAUAUACUAUGGAGAGCUAAGAAAACUAAAUAUUACUUAUUUUCUAUUUUUUGUUCUUAACAAAAUGGAAUCCACUGUGUUACAUACAGACUCUUGAUACUAUGUGCUUGUCUAACCAUUUUUUUUAUCAAUUAGGAUAAGAUCUAGUUGUGAUCACAGACAUCGAAUAGAUUUCUUUGGAAAGUCACAUUCUAUUUGUGAACUUUUUUUUUAAUCAGGAUAAUAACUUGACUGGGUUAUUCAACUUUUCAUUAUGUUUUGUUCUCAACUGUAAUACUUGUGACACAAGGAGAUUACAUUGGCUAACAGGAUAAAUUCUGCAAGCAUUUUAUUUCCCAAUGAAUUGUAUAAACGUUAUUUUUAUUGAAGGUUGUAUGUGAAGUCAAUGUUAUGUUCUUAUCCACUUCUUAAGAUGGAAGUUCUGAUUUGAAAUUGUAUCAUUUCCUUCAAAAUGAAGGGCAGUGCUUAGUUAAAUAAAAGAUGGAUGAUAUCUUUUAAGCCAUUUUCUCUUUGCUAUGUCUUAUUAAAAUACAGUCUGUCAAGUCCUUUUGAAAAACACUAUAAGGAUUUCCAAUAAACCAUCUAUUAGAAUUCA